GACCCAAGCACGUGGACACAGCAGAUCUGACCAGCGUGGACGUAACUGACCGGGCUGCGGUGACGCUGGUGUCCAGCUCAGGUGGUGGGGCUGAUGCACAGCGACCAAAGGGAAAUGCUGGCGGAAGUCGGAGUUAUUUCUGAAUUUGCAGAUCCAUGUGUGAUUCCACCAAUGGCUGCAAGGUCCUCAGAACCGGAUGCACUGAGAGCCGACUAGGUGCUUUGGAACAGCACUCCAGCCACCACAGCUCUGUGAAGACUCCCUGUCACCUGCCCCCGUGUGAUCCUCCUCAAAGGAGAGCUCAGGGACGUGAGUCAGUUCAGACCUGUGGAGAAGAGCGCUCCAUUUGGGGUGGAAUGAGGAGAUUUUCCGUCAAAAUUACAUGUUCAUCCAGAAGAAGGGAUGGCAGCGCUACUCCGCACGGCUCAGCCGGCGUGACGGCUCAAGAACAAACCUGUGACAGACCCAAUGAAAGCACCUGGCUCAGGUUCAAAGCUGACACCACGGACAGAACCAGUGCUGACACGAUGCUGGGACCACAGUCCAGGGAAGAGGCAGAACCCGUCAGCGCCUCUUGCCAGAGCGGUCUGCUCCUCACAAGAGGAGCGGCGCUGAGGCCAGCAGGUCGGCUUGGACGCAGGAUCAUGUCUGUGGUCCUUCCCACCCUGCUGUUUCUUGGGUUGUAUCUGGGCCAGAGCACUCGGGCACAGAAGGGAAAUCUCCCCCGACCUCGGAUCACAGCUCUGCCAGGAUCCGUGGUUCCAUCUAAGGAACCUGUGACCAUCCUGUGUGAGGGGCCUGGACACGCUGAGGCGUACAGGAUCUCUAAAGUGGGGGUCCCCGAGCCCGCGGACAGAGACAGACAAAUCAUGCCUCGGAGGACCAACACUUUGAAUACCACAGAGAUGACACCAGGCUUUGCAGGGCUGUACCAGUGUUCCUAUCAGACAGGAGGGCACUGGUCCCCGUGGAGUGACCCCCUGCAGCUGGUGAUGACCGGAGCUUAUGAGAAACCCUCCCUCUCAAGCAUGGUUGGCCCUGUGGUGGCUCUCGGGGAGAAGGUGAAGUUGCAGUGCUUCUCCAAUUUCGAGUUUGAAAUGUUUAUUCUCACUGGAGAAGACGGAGUUCAUUCCACCCAGAACCGCAGCUCUAGCCCCCUGGAUGAAGGACACUGGGCUGUCUUCCCCCUGAAUCGAGUCUCCUCCACACAGGCCGGGACCUACAGAUGCUACGGUGCCUUCAACGGAGACCCCUAUGUGUGGUCUCUUCCCAGUGACCAACUGCAGCUUCAGGUUGAAGGAAUUCCUGACCAUCUUGAUCACACAGAGCCCAGACAUUCAACCUCCCUGCCUCACAGCCCUAGCUUCGAGGGGAAACGCCUGGGCCUUCUGAUUGGUGCCCCAGUGGCCGCUGGGGUCCUGAUCCUGGUCCUCCUCCUCUUCCUCUGCUGCCGUUGCAAAGCCAAAAACGAUGCUGCCAGGAAAGAGGGACAGCCAGAGGCAGCUAGGCCAGCAGAUGGACAGGCCUCUGAAGCUACAGACCCACAGGAGGUCACCUAUUCCCAGCUGACCUGCAGUGUCCCCCACCAGGGGACAGCUGGGACACCCUCCCUGCCCAGGCAGACCCAGGCCAGCGAGUAUGCAACACUUGCUCUGAGAUAAGCCGGGCAGCAGUGCCAGCGUUUCGUCUGGACAGCAGAACUUACAGCUGCCUGUGGGGAGCUCCCACCUCUGGACUCGAGGCUUCUAAAUCUGAGACCGUCAGCCUGGCUGCGGGGACCCACGUUACUCAGAAGGUCCCACUGCCCCCCCUAAAUCUAGAGACCUCAGCAUUAGCACCCAGUCAGUGCCAGAAUCUCUACUACAAUUGCCCAGGAAUUCCAGAGACACUCCAAAGUUAUCAGAAGGGCCAUAGGGUAAUGUUUUGUAAGUUUUCGUUAUUCAUCGAUUAAACAAAUAUACUUAAGUCCUCAUGGGUGCCAGGUUUCAUGUCACAGCCUAGGGGCGCAGGAAGGAUACUCAAGACCCAUUCCUCUUGUCGCAGAGCUGGUUGUCCAGGGCAGAGGCCAGCAACCUGCCGCCCACAGGCUGGCAAGCCAGUUUUGUACCACACAUUUUACAUUUUUACACUUUUUAAACGUUGCUUUUGCUUUUUUUAGUGGUAAAAUAUACAUAACAUAAAGUUUACCAUUUUAACCAUUUUUAAGUGCAAAAUUCAGUGGCACUACGUACAUUCACACUGUUCUACAUCCAUCACCACUAUUGCAUUUUAUAUAGUUGGAAAAGAUAAAAGAAGAAUAUUUUUAACAGAACUGCACAUUUUUAAUGUGCACCAUCUGAUGCAUUUGGACAAAAGCAAACCAGGUGGUAACCAUCACCACAAUUGAGGUAUAAGACAUAUCCAUAUUCACGAAGCCCAAAAGACCCUAAAAAAGAUAAAAGCAUGCGAAAAAAAUAUUUUACGACAUGUGAAAAUUAUACGAAAUUCAAACUUUAAUAUUCAUAAGUAAAGGUUUACGGGAACAGCC